AUAAGAAUCUGACAGUAAUAUCCUAUCAAUAUGUUUAUUAAAGUGAUCGCAGUGUUGGCCCUCGCAGCCGUCUGCUUGGCUGAGGAGCACGCGUACUCGUCGCAGAGCAUCGUGCACCAUCACGUGCACCACGAGCCCAAGGUCGAGGUCAAGGUGGAGGAGCAAGUCGUGGAGAAGGUGGUUCCCGUCGCUCACUACGUCGAGAGCCACAAGCAUGAGGAGCACAAGCACGAAGAACACAAGCACGUAGAACACAAGCAUGAAGAACAUAAACAUGAGGAACACAAGCCCGCCAUCUCCUCAUACCACAUCGAGCGCCACGACGUGCCCGCGCCUCCCCCUAAGGACUUCCACAAGUAUGAUGGCCCUGCCAAGUACGAGUUCGAGUACCAGGUGCAUGACGCACACACCGGCGACAUCAAGAAGCACCACGAGUCCCGCGAUGGUUACAAGGUGGAGGGCGUCUACAGCCUGCACGAGCACGAUGGUUCCAUCCGCACUGUCAAGUACCACGCUGACAAGAAAUCCGGAUUCAACGCCGAGGUGAAGCACACCACCAAGCACGUUGAGGAACACAAGCACCAUUAAAAUACCAACCCCAUUGUUAUCUGCCGCCGAAGUUCUUGUUAAAUGUUUAU